UUUGAGACUUUUGGCGGGCGGGAAGCUGCGCGUGCCGCCCCCUCAGGCCGGCGCCGCCUCCUCAAGGGCUCCGCGCCCGCCCUGAGGCGGCUCUGCGGCUCCCUCAGGAGCCCAGCCCCGCAGCCUCGUCCCCUCACGGAAACCUCCCCCGGGCAUGGCGGGGCCGGCUGAGGACCGGUACCGGCCGGCGGUGCCGCCCCGAGCCGCCUGCGCAUACACCGGCUGCUACUGUGAGGAAAACGUGUGGAAGCUGUGCGACUACCUCAGGAGUCGGGGGGAGUAUCCUUUGGAGGAGUUCUACGCGGUGUUCAUAUCCAACGAGAGGAGGAUGAUCCCACUCUGGAAACAGAAGUCAGGGCAUGGAGAUGAACCUGUUGUCUGGGACUACCACGUUAUCCUACUUCAUGUUUCCAGUGGGGAGCAGAACUUCAUUUAUGAUCUUGACACAGUGCUGCCGUUUCCCUGUCCUUUUGACACGUACAGCAUGGAGGCCUUUAGGCUGGAUGACAGCCUUCACCCUGAAUUUCACAGGAAAAUCCGAAUGAUACGAGCAGAUUUGUACUUGAAGACGUUUGCUUCAGACAGAUCUCACAUGAAAGAUGCAAAUGGGAAAUGGCAGAAACCACCUCCCCCGUACCCCUGCAUUGAAACAGCAGACUCCAAGAUGAACUUGGAUGAUUUCAUCAGUAUGAAUCCCAAAGUGGGCUGGGGCUCAGUGCUCCCCUUAUCGGACUUUGUGCGUCGGUUUGGCAGACAGACCAAUUACAGCUACUCCUUGAAAGGACAAUGAAGUAAACAAAAGUUCUGCUGCAGUUUUCAGUUGGUUUGAUUUGUUUUGCUGCUCUUACAUUGUAUUUAUGAAUGGUUUACGUUUCUUUAUAUGGAAUAAGUACUUGGGCAAAUAGAACACCCAGGGUACCCUGAACUGAAUAAAGUCUUUUAUUUUUAUUA